AUGAAUGUUCCUCGUUGCUCUGAAGGCAGCUUUGCCUCAGGGCCACAUGACCGAGGGUCGACUCGUCAGCCUUCAGUGGACGAAGAUUUAGACGCUUUUCCACCUUGGAUCAGCGAAGGUCAGUUGGUGGAAUUCAAGACAAACCAGGAAACCUACAACUCGAGCGAGUUUCCAAAGAUCUCAGUGGAAUACAGUGACGGAAGCGCUGUCAGUGGUGCCUCACGUCAUCUCGCUCACGGCAGAUCUAGUCCAUCUACUACUAUCCCCAAGAGACUGCUGACAGUCGAAGCCCUGUUAUCGGAUGAUAAACAGAGAUCAGACCGGGUGAAAGACAUCAAGAGCGUGCUGGAUUAUAUCGCUGGUGGAUUGGUGCUGCUCAAUUCCCUCGUGAUGCUGGCACAAUUUGAAGUUGAGGGUCGGAUCCUGGGAGAAGACAUUGGUAUGAAGGACGGUGCGCCCUGGCCCGAGCUUUCUGUCGUUUUCAUGGCUAUUGACAUCCUAUUUGUGGUGAUCUUUUUUCUGGAAUGGUGUGUGUGCGAGUAG